UCUCAGGACUUGUGUUAGAGACUUGAGCAACAAUGAUGGCUGGAUCUGGUGUGUCACUGCUGCUUCUGUUGGCUCUUCUUCACUUGAGCGCCGGUCUGUCUUGCCCACCAUGUAAUCGCGCUGAGUGCCCAGAGGUCACAUGCUCCCUCAGUGUAGGCGAAGACAUCUGUGGCUGCUGUCCAACAUGCCUCAAGGGUCUUGGUGAGCCAUGUGGAGGCAUCUGGAAUCAUGCUGGCUCGUGUGAUCAAGAAUUUGUUUGUAGUAACCCACCAAACUUCAGCGACCAGAGAGCUGGUGAAUGUAAGCUGAAGGAGUAGAAAGAAUAUAUGGUAACUCACCUUACGAGGAGAACAACAGGUGUAAUUUGUCUCCAUCAGUGACCUGCAACAAUUACGUUCUGAAACACUCUGAAAUGUUUUAAUCCCAUUAGUUUGUAAGUCCUGAGCCAUUAUGGUAAACUAUUUUAUGUAAGAGAACUUAAUACAUAGUUUGUGGACCAGUUCCUGAACCAAUUAUUGUAUCAGAUUCUGUAAUCUCUAGACUAGCAUGUACCAGAUUAAUAUGGGAUCCACAAUAAAGUUAUCAAACUAAA